CAAGCGGAAGCGCGGGGGAGAGAGCGGCCGGAAGCCGGAAGCGCUGGGAGGGAGACGUGUGCGGAGCGGCGGGACAGCACGAUGGUGACGGACGUGCAGCUCGCCAUCUUCGCCAACAUGCUGGGCGUGUCGCUCUUCCUGCUCGUCGUGCUCUACCACUACGUGGCCGUCAACAACCCCAAGAAGCAGGACUGAGCCCGGGCCGGGCCGGGCCCCCCCAGAGCCCAGCCCGGAGCCGCCGCCAUGGCCGGAGGGAGCGGAGCCCGCGGGCCCCGGACCGGCGCCGCCCGCCCCGACCUGCCUCCCGCGGGGAAAUAAAUGUCUUGCAGCGCC